AUUACGAUAUUUGCAAAUCUUAUAACAAAAGUAUAAAGUUCCACCCUAUUGUACGCCAUGGCCAACUUUGGAAGCACUGACACGGGCAAAUCUUCUGUUGAUCCCGAACUGCAGGACUUCCUAAUGGUUGAAAACGAGCGCGCCCGGCUUAGUGCACAGAUCCACGAGUUCACCGACAUCUGCUGGGACAAGUGUGUGGAGAAACCGAGCAGCAAGCUGGACAGCCGGACAGAGACCUGUUUGGCGAACUGUGUGAAUCGGUUCGUCGAUACUUCGCUCCUGAUAACACAACGUUUUGCCCAGAGCCUACAGAAGAGCCAAGGGAUGUAAACAGAUCGCAAUCUCGUUCCCGGAACGGACGGGGCAUGCAAUUUGCGAUGUAGUUUUUAGUUAAGGCAGAGUUGAUAAUCAUAAAUAUGUUCUAUUAAAUACACGUGCAUUGCACCCCCCAAUAUACAUAUUGCUGCAUUCAAUAUAAGUCGUUUUAUGUUCACUCAUCUAAUUAUAACAUUACUGAGAAA